GGCAAGGCGCCGGCCAUCAGCAAAAGCCUGUACGAGCGCGUGCUGGGGCGGGCGACGGUGGUGGCGGCGCCCACGCCCGCGCCCACCACCGCCUCGCCGUCGCGCUACUCGUCCCCGGCGCGCAACCGCCCGGCCGGCCCGCAGAACGCCGGGCUGGAGAGCGAGCGCGGCGCGCGCUGGGAGAAGCCGCAGUACGUCGAAGUGCGACGCCCCAGACCAAAGAAGCCCGUGGUAGUGGACGACGAAGAAGAGGAGGACGAGGGCCGACUGGCGGACGGCGACGAGGAAGAGGAGGAGGAGGAGGAGGAGGAGGCGAAUGUGCCGCGCUCUCGGCCUGGACCGCAGUACGUGACGAUCGCGCGGACGCGUCGCCCGCCGGCGAAGGACGAGCCAGAGGCCACGCGGGAGGACGAGGAGGAAGAGGAGGAGGAGGAGGAGGAAGAAGACGAUGUCUCUCCCGGGCGGCCGCGCUACACCACCAUUCAGCGCCAGCGACCAGCAGGAGCGAGCUCCACCGACGAUGACGACGGGCGCCCCAAGUACGUUGAGCUGAAGCGGCCCCGCCCGGCCACGCGCCCGGAAGACGAGGAGGAGGAGGAGGAAGAAGAGGAAGAAGAGGAAGAGGAGGAGGAACAGCAGCAGCCACCGACCACCACGACCACCACCACCACAACCACCACCACCUCUCGCCCGCGCAUCGUGCGCCCGGGAGGAAACUCGAAGACGAGAGCGCAGCUCCAGGAGGCCAACGCGCGACGC